CUCAACGCAAUCAUUCACCUCAUCCUAUAUCACUCUGCGAAUAGAGAGCAGAAACGGCAAGAUGCUCAUCAUCGGACUUACUGGGUCCAUUGCGACCGGCAAAUCAACGGUUUCUUCACUUCUUUCAUCACCGCCUCACUCAUUGCCCAUUGUCGACGCCGAUGUCCUAGCUCGAGAGGUUGUCGAGCCCGGCACAAGAGGCUAUCGUGCCAUCGUCAAGCAUUUUGGUCCCAUGGCUCCAGACCUGCUUCUUCCAGCUUCAGAUACCAUGCCGGAGAAUGGACCCAAUGGCAAGGGACGGCCGCUGAAUAGGGCUGUCCUGGGACGCCUUGUCUUUGGCGAUGAGCCCGAGAUGCAGAAAAACAGAGCGGUGCUGUCUGGGAUUGUCCAUCCAGCUGUACGGCUGGGAAUGGUCAAAAUGGUGACGGCCUGUUAUCUCCAGGGCUACUGGGCAGUGGUGCUGGAUGUCCCGCUUCUGUUUGAAAGCCGGCUGGAUAAGUUCUGUGGAACAACAAUGGUGGUUGCCGUGACGGAGCCAGAGACGCAGCUCAACAGACUUGUGGAUAGAAAUCAGGAUCUCAGCAGAGAAGACGCCGAGAACAGGAUUAAGAGUCAGAUGGAUGUGCGGCUCAAGGCAAAGAGAUGUCUGUAUGGGGGUGAUGGAAAGGGGGUGGUGCUAUGGAAUGACGGAUCCAAGGACGAGCUCAAGGCCGUGUUGGACGAAGAGAUGCGGAAGCUGAAAGCAGCGAAUCCUGCGUGGUGGUCAUGGCUGAUGCUUGGAUGCCCUCCAUUGGCAGUGGCACUGGCAACAUGGAGGUUUUGGCAGAAUACCAGAGUUGAGAGACAGUGGAAAGAGUUGCAGGAAAAGGAGGCCAGCACUUGAACACUUGGUAGCCAAAAGAGUAUGAGUAAUGAACAACAGACUACAGUACCAACAGACACUGAAAAAUGGAAUUGAGAAUGAAAAUGUUACUUUUUGCUUUGGGGGUUGACAAUUGGUGGG